UUUAAAAAUGGCGGCCUUCAUGAACGUACAUGUACUGACCAAAGAUUGUAUAGCGCCAAUCUUUGGUACUGACUACUGUACAUGACUUAAGGAUGCGUGAACGACAAGCAAAUGUGUAAAUGUUCGUAAAUUACGGUAAAAUAUGCCUUUAUAAUGAAAAAUUUGUUGUGAAUUUCUGGCAAGAGAUGUAAAUUUUUGUUGGGACUCAGUGAUUAGUUUUCAAAAGAGCAAUGGAGUCUGACAGGUUAGUGCAAAGUGAACCAAUGCAAAGUGGUAGGCGGAGUUGGAGCUAUGUACCAAGAAGGAGGAGAAUUCUUCCAGAAGAUACCUUCUUUCAGGACGGAAACCUGGAACUUAGUCUAGCGCACAAGCAGAUGCCCAUUGAAGACACUGAACAAGACGACUAUCUUACAAGGCAUGAGGAUUUCAAGUGUCACGUGAUUGGCUGCGGCCAGUCCUUUACCACCGUCCUGUCCUACGAGGUCCACUACAACGGAGCGCACCGGAAUAUUUGCCACGACUGCCGCCGGUCCUACCCCUCCAACCAUCUGUUGGAUAUCCACGUCCUAGAGUCACAUGACUCGCUGUUUGAGGUCAUGGCCACGAAACAGCCGAUGUACCAGUGUCUGGUGGAAAGUUGCCGGGAGAAAUUUGCCGAUGCUCAACACCGCAGGGAGCACUUGAUCAAGGAUCACCACUAUCCAGCUGACUUCAGGUUCCAGAAAGGAAUUGCCAAGCCUCGGUCACCGGGAAAGCCAAGACAAACUGGUGAAGAAGCCAUGGAAACGGAAGCACCUGUUGAUGGGGACACACACUGUGACACGGUCCCAGCCACACACAGUGACAGGCCAAAGACUACCUGUGUAGAGCACCAAGCACCAGUUGAAAACAGGCAACGCAGGGUACCGGUCAACAUUUCCUUCGGGAGAGGUGGUACUCGGUCAUUUCAACGCACUGGACACCACAAGCAUCAAAGUAAAUCAAAGAAACACAGUGGACACACCUAUAAGCAAAAAUGCCACACCCCAAAAGAGGAACCGAUGGAGGAACAGCUUGGAGAGGCAGGUGGCAAAUCAGAACGUGAUUUCAUGAAUACUGAAAGGGAAGGAACUGAACAGGAGCCAAUGAACAUCAACGAUGAAUAUUCAUGACGUGUGCUGCAGCCAGUGACUGAGCCUCAAGUAGAAAAAUGGGAUGUCAUAAUAGCAUCAGACUACAUCUGAAAGUCUCAGCUAUGGCUGAUGACAACAUACUCAACCGUGAGGAUGUAGCCAUAGCCACUGGGCUGUGGCUUCUGUAGGCACCUACUAAGGCUAGCUGAGGCAAGUCUUCUGCAUUAAUGUAUUUCUGAGAAGCCAACCGGGCAGCAGCAGAGUAAUAUUAAAUUGCAUUGUCUUUACCGUUAGAACACUUGUAUGUGCUGACAGUUUUCAGGGCCAGCCAUGACAGGAGCUAUGAGCCCCGCCUCCGUUGGUCCAGCUCAGGCUGAGCUGGACCAACGGAGGCUCAUUGCCAACAGCACUCCGCUGGUUCACAGUGGACUAUGAAAAUGUACACGUGUUACAGGCUUGUCAGUACCAGCAAAGUGAAAAAUGCCGGCUCAAGGCUGAUAGCACCCUUGAACUUCUUUUGAACUCGGAGAAAAAUGGAUGAUCAAGUAUCAUUUGUGUGAACAGUCUCAGCAAAGCACAUAAACUGUCAAUGCCUAGAGAUGGAAAUCUGUAGUGCUGGCUUACAGUGCAGCUAUCUUCUGAUCACUGGCAUUUCAUGUCUGUUCGUUAAAUGCAGCACAGUUCAUAUUUGCACUCAGUGAUAAAGACUGCCGUUUUUGCCUGAUAUGCUGUUCGAGUUGCAAGGCAUCCCCAAAAUACAGUUACAGUCGGACCUCGUUAAUAUGAGGCCCUUCAGACUUGGCAAAUUACCUUGUUUUGACAGGAACCUUGUAUUGUCAGGAAUGAAAACAAAGAAUAACAAAGGGUUAGGACCCAAAGACUUCCUUGUUGCAAGUAGAGUCUUGUUUUAAUAGCGUUCUAAUUAACUAGGUUUAGCUGUAUUGACUUUUUCUGAAGAUGUGGUGAAAAAUGGCCUCUCUUUCGUUGCACGCUGUGGUUUUUUUCUCUCUCAAAUUCUCAAGGCAAAUGUUACCCCAGCAAUGAAGGUAGAUAAACUAUGAUACAUAUGUAUUGAAAACAAACAGCUCUGGAAUGAAACAGCCCAUUUCUGGCCUAAAAGCUCAAAUUAAAGUGUGAUUUUUAUUCCCUCUCAUAUAAGUUACAUUCACAAAACCCUUCAACAAUAGUUUAUACACCAAAACAAUUUUUUUUUUAACAUGCCAAAUUAUUCGGUAAAUGUAAGAAAAUAGAAUUUCCUGGAUUGGACAUAAUAUGGUAACCUUUCCACUAUCCUGUCUUUCCCCUCCAUCUUCCCACACAAAAAUAAAGAUCUGACAAAUGUAAAAUCAA